GUAAAGACCGCCGUCUGUGACAUCCCACCCCGUGGUCUCAAGAUGUCCAGCACCUUCAUCGGUAACAGCACGGCCAUCCAAGAGCUGUUCAAGCGUGUAUCUGAGCAGUUCACCGCUAUGUUCCGUCGUAAGGCUUUCUUGCAUUGGUACACUGGUGAAGGUAUGGAUGAGAUGGAAUUCACUGAAGCCGAAUCUAACAUGAAUGACUUGGUAUCUGAAUACCAACAAUACCAGGAUGCAACAGCUGAGGAAGAGGGUGAAUUUGAUGAGGAGGAAGGUGAAGAUGAAGCUGCAUAAAUACGAUACCGACAUAAUUAACAGUGCAUUUCUAAUGCUCAUACAUGUAGAAAUAUAAUAGGCACAUGGGUUGGAUAGUUAGAAAUUCUGGGGGCGAUGGCAGAUUUCACCCCAAAAAAUGCACAGUAAAAAAUCGAGGGGGAAGCUACAUAAAUUGCGUAAACUGAAUAUUGACAAAACAAACACUCAUAUGUGAAUAUAGAUUUCAAUUAAUAAUUAUUAUAUUUGGAAGUUGUGUGUUGGGGUAUGAAUGAAAAAAAUCAUGACCCUGCAGGGAACAAUAACAGAAAACCAAAAUCUGGGGUGGGGGGGAGUAUUUCAUACAGUGGGAACAGUUACAGCAAAUUCAUCAUGGAAAAAAAUAGCAAAAACAAACGGAAGCAAACAAAUAGUAGUUUUUUAAGCUCCCGCCCCCGAUUUUCUAACUGCAGGGCUCUCCACAAAUUAGCAAAUUAGCAAAUGCAUGUCGUAGGGCAUGCAUGCUUUUUGUUGAGGAUAAUUUUUCCUGAUUCUUACUUUUGAAGUAUGAAGCAAUAAAUAUCAUUUUUUGGACCUUUAUUUCUUGGUAUACACCAAGAGAAAAUUGAAGAAUCAACAAAUGAUUGAAAUUAUUCACUUCUUGGUUUAUCACCUGUAAUUAACUGGUAUCUCAAUAACGUUGGCGUGACGUGCGGAAAAUAUAGCAGAAAUAAAGGAUGAAUAAAGAGGGCCCUUCAAAAUCACUCGUGGAGAACCCUGUAAUUUCCACCUCUAAUUUGAAUAAAAUAACGUAUUAAUACGAUAAAA